UAAAUAUACUUUAUUUUUGAUUUGCUAAAAUUGUGGGAAUGUUAUUAAGGUGUAAGAUAAGCUAUAUAUUUCCAUAUAUACCUAGCUAUUUACAAGCGAGGUAUAGAGAUAGCUCUUUGGUUCUUGGAAAACUUACAAUGUUUCUAUAAGUUUUCACAGAAAAUUAUUUAUAUUUAUAAUUUUAGCUAUAACUACAUAUUCAUGAACAAUUGAAUUAUAAAUAUUUUAUGAAGGCUUGUUGUAAAAUUAGAAGGAUGUGAGCUUAAAGAAGAAUACAAUCUUGUGGAAUAAGCAUGGCCUCAGUGCCUACACAAAACGUAUGGAUACCUCGGCUCCAGUCACAAAGGGAAAUGACGAUUGAGGAAAUAGAAGUUGAUAAGUACUAUCGCAACAUUCGAAGCAUACUUAACAAGAUCACUCCACAAAAGUUUAAAAAACUUUUGCAUAGUCUUACUAAUCUCGAUAUUGACACUGACUUCAAGAUGGAGAAAUUAGCAGAAUUUAUUAUUGUGAAAGCUGUUGAUGAACCACUGUAUGGUAAAGUAUAUGCAAGGAUGUGCUCAUACUUAAUAAAUCAUAUGAAAGAGAAGAACAGUACUAGAAGUGUUGAUUGCUUCAAAAAGUAUCUGCUUGAUGGUUGUCAGAAGUUUUUCAUGAAAAUUAUAGAGUGCCAAGAAGAUGUAAACGUUCCUGGUAAUGAAUCUUGGUAUAAGGAAUUUGUAAAUCGUCAAGAAAUGUUUGGAAGUGUGAUGUUCAUUGGAGAAUUGUAUAAAACAAAGGUAAUAUCUGGACUUGCGAUGCACGAUUACGUUAUGUUACUUUUAAAAAAAGAAAACACUCGGAAGUUGGAAUUGAAACUAGAAUGUCUGUGUAAACUUUUACGCACGAUAGGUUUUCAUUUGGAAAAUGAAAUGCAAAAGAAGGACGAGAUGGAUACAUAUUUCACUGAGAUAGAACGACUUCGUAAUCAUCACAUAUUCUGUUCUCGUGUCAAAUUUGCCUUGCUUGAUUUAUGUGAACUUAGGGCGAACAACUGGUGCGACAGAAGAACGCGAGAAGUUCCGACCACUAUUGAUCAAAUACAUUCUCAGCACGGUGGAUAAAACGUGAAAAAAAGAACAGCGAUUAUUUAAAUCAACAACCCAAAUGUGCGCACUGCAGCACUUCCUAUCUGAAGAUGCGUAACAGCUUGACAGAAGUGAUGUCGAACUCGUUUCAUAUUUUUAUAUAUUACUAUGCAUUUUUACAGUUGCACUUAUGCUGGACUGGAAGUAUCUACGCACUGUUUUUGUUGUAAUUAUAAACCAUCAUCGAAAAUAUAUAAUUAUAUAACAAAGGAGAGACA